GAACAAUCGAUCUUCCUUGAUCUCCUUUUCAUCUUCCUCCCACCGGCAUAAGGUGGGCGAUGCCAACAGUAGUGUAUACCAAUUUACAAGGCUUAUGCCUUAUAUAAAGCUCCACACUCCGAUGCAGUCGUUCAGCUAGAUAGUUAGGUGACUCAGCUAAGUGGGUUCUUUUGGUCUGGCCGUAAUAUGGUCACAUCAAAACUUCCUAAUUGGGCUACCAUAAAGCCCUGUAGGCAUCGAUGCUUCAUUGCAUGAAGUUAAAUGUUUAAACGCAGCCCUGUGGAUAUUUGAGAGUGGCUCAGCCAGGUGCGGUUAAUUGUACGACCAUAGUGUCAAAUGCUCUCAAUUUCCCAGUUUGGUUACCAUGAAGUUGACUUCAAUGAUCGUUUAUAUUUUCCAAAAAUCGUUCUUUUUCCGUUUUAUCAUUUUUCUGUAUACCAAAUAAACCUCAGUUGUCUUACAGUGCUUUCAUGCGCUAUAUCAGGCACCUGUAAUACUUUUGUUCGCGCGUUUCCAGCUCUCUGGUUUGCUUAUUCGUACCUUCUUGCGUGGAGAUGGCCGUUUAUCUAUAUAAAAAAUGGAAAGCAACAAGGGAAACUCCUUCAGCUCCAUCAGGACCCUCGACUGAAACUUCUAAAGCUUCAAAACCUUCAAAAUUGUGCAAACACAGAAACAAUUUCCUAGAUUUCACGUCAGAGCAAGAGUCGGCGAUUCUUCUAGAAUCUCAAGCAAGGAACAGUGAAGGUAGAGGGGGCGGCAAAAUUGAGCCACAAGCUGGUAUAUCUUAUGCCGAACCAUGUAGUCUGUGUAUGCAAGAGAAGAAAGCAUUCAGACGAUAUAGAUGGAGGGUGAUUGCUGGGCUUAUGCUACCAUAUAUGGUACAAGCCCUAGAUAUCACCAUUAUUGCUGGGGCCUUACCUUUCAUUGCUUCGGAUUUCAACCAACUUUCACAACUUAAUUGGAUUAUCUCGGCUUUCAAUUUAACCGCAACGGCAUUCAUACCAGCCUGGGGUCAACUUGCCGACAUAGUCGGCAGAUAUGAGACUCUUCAAGCAGCGUUAAUUUUUACCUUGAUUGGAAGUGCCCUCUGUGCUGGUGCGCCAGUGAGUGCUUUCACAAUGCUACUAUUUGGUCGGGCAUUACAGGGACUCGGCUGUUCCGGGCUUCUAAUUUUGACCAAAGUUAUCCUUGCAGAUAAAGUCUCCCUGAAAGAAAAUGCAAAGAAUAACAGUGUAUUCGCUAUUGUUGGUGGUCUGGCCUAUGGAUUCGGGCCUAUCGUUGGAGGAGAAUUGACACAAGUCUCGUGGCGAUGGUGCUUUAUUAUCAACAUUCCCAUUGCGCUAGUGGGUAUGGUUGGUGUACAUUUCCUUCUUCGGCCGAUAAUGCUUGGGCCUCAGACAAUUAGACGAACAGACGAUAAUACCGAAAUGGAAGGACGCCAAACAUUUAUCACAAGGCUCUCAACACUCGACUUUGGAGGACAAUUCUUAUUUCUCUUUGGCAUGGGGCUCUUUAUUCUUGCCAUAACUUGGGCAGGGGCUUACUACCCAUGGUCAGACGCCAAAGUGAUUGUUCCUCUCGUCCUGGGCUCUCUCCUCGUCAUUCUGUUUCUUGUCUGGGAAUACCUUAUGAUGCCAGGCUCAGCACUAGCAUUGCGAUAUCCAUAUCGCCGUGCCAUGCUACCAUUCAAUCUCAUCUUAAGCCGCAAUUCUGGACUCCUAAUGUACAUCAACUUCAUCACUGGAAUGGCAAUGUACGCCGUCUUCUAUUUUGUCGAUAUAUAUUUCGCUCUCGUACUACAAUUCUCUUCCAGCGAAGGAGGUAAGAACCUUCUUUACUAUAUUCCAGGUUUGGCAGUCGGCGUAUAUCUCGCCAUGUUCGCCUGCAAUGUAUUCCCCCGCCAAACUUGGUAUCCACUGUUCUUGGGUACAGUCAUCGAACCUCUCGGUAUCACUAUCCUUGCUGCAGCUCUCUCUUGGGGCCACCUGCCAACCAUCUACGGCAUGCUUGCGUUGACCGGUGUCGGAACAGGUAUCAGACUCAUGCCUGGCACCCUCCAUGCUAUUGGCCACUAUCCUACGCAAAUUGCACCCCUUGUCUCAAUGAUGUCUCUCUCUUCUUCUCUUGGCGGCACACUCGCCCUGACAAUCAUGCUCAAUAUCUUCAACAACCAUCUCUCCUCCUCCGGCAUAUCCGUUUCCGGUACCACCACCGCAAGUUUCUCGGGCAUCGCAACUUUGGAAUCGGCAGAGCAGGAUUAUGUGAGAAAAAUGGCAAAGGAGGGGAUAGUCUUAGCUUUCUAUGCUAUCUCGGCAUUUUUGUGGUUGGGAGUGGGCGCAAGUGCGGCAUUGGGGAAUGCAUGGAUUGCUAAGGGCGGUGGGGAGGAGGUGGGACGGACAUGUGAAGGAAGUUUUCUUGGGAGUUUGUUGAGCAGAAAACGUAGGAGUAAUGCGGAGAAGGCCUGAUGUAGACGCAAAAUACCCAUUUAUUAUUUACUUAUAGAAAAUACAGUAGAGUUAUCAGGGCAAGAAUAUGCAAUGUUGCGCAUCCCCAGUUUUAAUAGGUUUUGUUGCACAUCUACAAUUCAAAUCCAAAACUGAAAGUUCGACCUAUCAAACAGGAGAACAGAAAUUAGAGAUUCUCUGUUGCGCAUCUGUGUUUCUGGAAAGCGCGAAUCUUAAUAAAAAGGGCAUGGACCA